CUGUCUUGGAGUCGCUAUCCACGACGAGUAAGCUCGGUUCUCUAUUUUGUUCAUUGUAUGACCGCUAAGGCCAGACAUGAGCAUCGACAUCUCUGUCAAUGGUCGUCCCAUUGAUAAGGGCAAAGGAAGGGCCGUGGAUCCGCCCACCGAAUGCACGCCUUUAAUUCCACAUCCCUCGAGCUCGCCAUCUUCGUCGGUGACCGACAUAGAGCUGUCGCAUGUGCAGUCUCGACGAACGCUCUUGUAUAAGUUGCUCUACGUUUUCUUUAUCUCCCUGCUGCUUUGUACUAUCGCUGUUGUCGGCCUCGCAUUGCUCGCAUGGUCUUACGCUGCACGGGCCUCAGACCUGUCUCCUGAUGCAAUCAUCAACGACGGGCUAGUUUUCGAGGGACCAAGUCGCGUGGAUGUACUCAAUAUGACCGAUACGGGUGGAAUAUGGACUCGAAUAGAGGGAAGAAUAGGCUUGGACGCUGGCGGCAUCACUGGUAUGAACAGUGAUGACCAGGAUAAUCUGAUGCAGGACUUGUGGAAGUCAUUAGGUAGAUGGGGUAUUCGGAAGUUGGACCGUGUCUCUGUCAGCAUGUCCAGUGUACACGUCGUAUCUGCGCAAGAUGAACGACUGGCAUCCCUCACCGUUCCUUCCCUGGAGAUAGCCUUAACGCUUGACCCCCCUGCCGACUUAUCGUGGCUUCAACCCGUCUCCAUGACUGUGUUCAUUCAACCGACGACCGACGGUUCUGUCCUGAAAUCCUUCGUACAAGAGGCGUGGAGAGAAGGCGCAUUCACACUGAAAACAGAUGUUGGAGAAGUUGCCGUUGAAGGGGGCGACUUGGGUGGUACCGGCUGGAGGCAUAAUCUUCGCAGUAAAUUCACAGAUGUGAACACUGUCAUAAAGUUGAUAAUUCCUAGACUUCCUGGACUACCUCAGCCUGGUCGAAAUGUUCCAUUUCCUCCCUUAGCAGAUCUUAUAACUCUUGAAUCUUUUUCAGUAAUGGCUGUCAAUGACGAGUUGACUCUAGAAGCUAGUGCGACCAUCAUCGAUCCGGCGCCUUUAUCGUUCAAUUUAUCUUUGCCACCCCUACCAUUCGUCGUAUCUCUUCCUCCUGAUGUUCCAAUUGCCACUGUCAUGACUAAGUCAUUUACGACAACUCACCCAAAUAUUAUCCUGCAUAUGACAGGAUCAGUACUUCCCUUGCCAUCUGGUUCUUCCUCCGUUCUCUCCACUUUUCUGUCACGGUACCUCUCCGCACUGCCUAAUCCCAUAUCUAUUUCAACGCCUUUGGUUUCACAUCUAUCGGUGGAAGCCAUAUUUCCAGGACCUCAGCCCCAACCUAAGGUUUUGCGCAAUGUCACUAUUCAUGACAUGAAGAUCAAGCCUAGGGGAAGUAAUUUCCUUGCGAGUGGUACCGUCUUUGCACGCGUUGUCCUGCCGAAGGGCAUGGACAUUGAAUUGGACGUAAGUCACGUCCUACCGGAUGUGCUGGUGUUCGAUGGCGAGCCGCCGCAGAGCAACACCGUCCUCCCCGACCCGCUACCGGAGCAUGCAUUUGCGCAUAUACAGCCCGACGAAUGGCUGAGGUCGUGGUGUGCUCCGGCAGAAAGCGACGAAGACGGAGGUAGCGCUUUCGCCGUGAGCGCAAAGAUGGAAGAUGUUCCAUUAGAGGUACUUCCUGGACGACAAAAGGCAUUUAGCAAUUUUGUCAGCAAGGUUAUAUUUGGCGCUGACGGCGCCUUGGCCGGACUUGUAGGAACCGUCGCUGUUCGCGUGGAUGUGCCGGGAUUACCUUCAGAGGACGAUAGCCUGCAACUGGAUGGGCUACCUUUUCAGGGAAGUGUUCGUAUUGGGAAGAAAAGCACGUUUUUCGUUGACUGAAUGGCUCCAUUUCUUAUGAUUCGGACUGACUUUGUAACAAUAUCAGUACUAUAACCACGCAUUCCUGUAUAGAUACGCCAUGUCAUACAUCAACUCUGCAUUUUAAGGACUAUGAGAUCUAAAUGAAUAUGAG